ACCGAAAAAGGGCACAAGAAGAAGACCGACUCAGAAGCUCUGUUUCUGUUUUGUCAACAAGUUUCUGUUUUUCUUUAAGUUAAGCCGUCUUCCGUAGUCUAUGUCCAUGAUGGAGGUGGACCAGAUGCCCCUGGCCGACGUCGUCUUCGUGAUCGAAGGCAGCGCCAUCAACGGGGCCUACAUCAACGAGCUGAAGACGAACUACAUUCUGCCGACUCUGGAGCACUUUACGACGGGCUCGAUCGACGAACGAGAGUAUCUGAUCGCGGAGCGUUUCGCUACUCUUUACGGGAUUGUGGUCUAUCGCACGGCCGCCAAUCUGCUGGAGCCCAUUUGCUCCACCUAUGGCCCCUUCCUGCAGCCGCAAAAGGUCAUGGAGACUAUAGAGCGCCUGCCGCUGGUCGGCGGCGGAAUGGAGUCCUGUGCCCACAUGGCAGAGGGAUUUGCAGCAGCGCAUGGCUGCUUCGACGACUUCGCCAAGCAUCGCCAGAUGAUUGACCAGACCAGCGUCCAGCGUCACUGCAUCCUCAUCUGCAACAGCCCGCCCUACCAGAUGCCCACCACAGAGUCCUGGAAGUACCAGGGCAAAACCUGCGAGCAGCUGGCCUCCAUGUUCAACGAACAAAAGAUAAAUCUCUCGAUCAUAGCUCCCCGGAAGAUGCCCGUACUCUUCAAGCUCUUCAUGAAGGCCGACGGGGACCAACCCAUAACGAGCAAGAACUACGCGAAGAACAUUCGCCAUUUGGUCCUUCUCAAGGGUUAUAGCCUCAAGGAGCGGGCUCCGAGUCCGAACAGUAUGGCUGCUCAAAUGGCAGCGCCCAACGCUGCCCAGGCUGUGGCUCAGCAGCAGCAGCAGCAACAACCACAGAAUCCUGCGGUUCAGCAGCAGCCGGGUGGUGGUAUGCCCAUGGACACUAAUCCUGCACAGCAGCAGCAACAACAGCCACAGCAGGGCAAUCCGCAACAGCAACAGCAGGUGCUGAACAUGAACCCGAUGCAGCAGCCCCAGCAGCAGCCCGGUCAGAAUCCCCAAGCGGGACUCCUCAAUCCCCAGCAGCAGCAACAACUUAUUCAGCAACAGCAGCAGCAGCAACAGCAGCAAAAUCAGUUUGUGCCGAAUCAGAUGCAGAAUCCCAACUUUCCGGGCCAAAACCGGUGGAUGUAUCCCAACCAGCCGGGCCAGCAGCGUCCUCCAUUCAUGCAGGGUGCUGGGAAUGUAGGACAAGGCGGCGGAAUGCAGUUGCAGCAGCAGCAGAACCCCAACUCGGCAUUAAUCUCACGCAUAAAUGCACCACCGCCUAACCAAACUGUCAACUCGCUGCAACAGCAGCAGCAGCAGGCUCAGCAACAGCAACAGCAGCAACAACAGGUCCAACAGCAACAGCAGCAGGCUCAACAGCAACAGCAACAACAGGCCCAGCAGCAGAGGAUGCAGAUGAUCAGCCAGCAACAGAUUCUGAACCAUCAACAAAUGCAGCAACAGCAACAAUUGGCGCAGCAGCAACAGCAGCAGCAGCAGGGACAACAGCAACAAGGAAAUCCGAAUAACCCCGGAAAUAAUAUGAUGCCGGCUGUUUCAAAUGCUGGAAACAUGCCCAAUCCCCAACAGCAACAGCAGCAGCAGCAGGUGGGCCAGCAAGCAAAUCCCCAACAACAAGGUAAUCCUCAGCAGCAACAGCAGGCGAAUCCGCAGCAGGAACAGGCUUCCCUAAGAGAGAAGAUCUGGACAGGCAUCUUAGAGUGGUCGGAGAAACCGAAAUCAGAUCAGCAGAAAAUUCCUCACACUCUCCAGUGCACGGUAUGCACCAAUAUUAAGGACGGAGAGCCGGAAAUCAAGGCCGAAAACUGGCCUCCCAAACUCCUGAUGCAGCUGAUGCCCAAGCACUUGGUGGGCAACAUUGGUGGUCAGUUCCUCAAGGACUCGAAGAUGGUUGUUUUCCGGCCAACACCGGGCGAGGCGCUCGAUUCGCUCGCCAAGAUGAUGACGUCCGGGUACGCAGGUUGCGUCCACUUCUCAUCCAUUCCCAACUCGCCGGCAUGCGAGCUCAAGGUUCUCAUCCUUCUCUACACUCCGGAUCGGAAUGCGUUCCUCGGAUUUAUUCCCAAUAACCAGGCGAUGUUCGUGGAGCGGCUGAGGAAGGUUAUUCAACAGAAGCAGCACGGGAGCAUGCAACAGCAACAGCAGCAGCAGCAACAGCAGAUGCUGCAGCAACAGGGCAAGUCGCCAAUGGAGCUCCAACAGCAGCAGCAACAACAACAGCAGCAGCAGCAGAUGCAGCAGGACAACUCGCAGCAACAGCAACAGCACUACAAUCAGUAUCAGAUGAACAUGCAGAUGGGCGGAGGUGGGCCAGGUGGUGGACCCGGUCCCGGCGGAAUGCCCAUGCAGCAGAACCAGAUGCAGAUGAACAUGAUGCAGCAGCAGCAGCGGAUGCCCCUGGGGGUUGGACCCGGCGGCGUUCCUAAUCCCAACUUGCAGCAGCAGUUGCAGCAAGUGGCCCCCAAUGUGGCGGCCAUGCAGCAGCAGCAGCAGGCCCAGCAACAGCAGCGCAUGGUCCGCCCCAUGAUGAGCAACAACAAUCCGGGACUGCGCCAGCUCCUGCAGCACCAGAACACGCCCGUCAACCAGUUUCGGCCCCAGAUGGGCGGCCAAAAUCCAAAUCAAAUGGGCGCCGGUGGUCCGAUGGUUGGCAAUCGAAAUUUUGACGACGGAAGUUACGAGUUUAUGUAGGAAGUAAUAUUAAUUUUUAUAGGAGUUCGCAAUUUCAUACAAUUCAUUAUUUAAAUAAAAUAUAAAUAAUAUAAAUCCCUACUUCUCUGUAACAAGAACAACUUCGAAAGACAAGUGAUCUUAAAAGGAAAAUGAAACUUUUUAUUUUUGGUUUCAAUUUUAUUUGAUAUCCACUAAGUAUGGGAUUCCUAUCAGUAUCUGUUGAUUCGCUUCACUAACUUUAACCCUAGAUGGACGAGGUGGCGUAAUCGGCCGGGAAUUUGAAGAUGUGCUUGCCGGUGGCCUGGACUGAGGGGAGGAGGCCAGCAUUGGGAAUGAUGUUCCAUGAGAGGUAGAGGGACACGUUCCGGUUAUCCUUAAGACCGUUGCCGUCGUCCCAGAAGUAGUACUUGGUGUUCAUGUUUUUGAAGUCCAGAACGGCGUUGUCGCCGCGAAGGAUGAUCUUGUCCCAGAGCACCACCUGGUUGAGCUGGUUGGCCGGCGUCUUGUACUCGGCGGUCAGAUACAGGAACAGCUGCUUCACGUUCCAGUUGAACACGUCGGUCAGGUUCGUCUGCAAAUCAAAGGUGACGUAGCCCAGAUCGUGUUUCUCGCGGGAAGCUCCAUAAUCCGGCACAUUCUUCACCAGCACCCGGACCGUGUUAAUUGAGGCGUCGGUGCGGUAGUCGAGAAAGACGGUGGACAGGAAGCAACUGAAGGUGAGGCAGGCUAGGACGCUCAGCGUAUACGCCACGGUGGCGUUUCCCCGGGUCAAAACCGUAUGCAUCGUUAAAUAUUCGUCGUUUCCUUUUUCCUGGAGUCUAAAUCGGCAAAA